CCACCAGCCAGUGGCUGAUCUUGCCAAAAUUUGACAUAUAACGUGAACUAUGUGAUGAAUGGGAUGCACACGGCACGCACAGCAGUACGGUAGCUAUGACCAAGCCCGAGAGCGGCCCGGAUCUCGUGUGCUCAUGAACGAUCUUCGAGCAUCUGAGUUUAUUGGGAGAGCCAGCCAACAGGAGCCUGAGGGUUGUCUUCCAAUACGGUUCGGUAUCUGUUCAACAGUUCGGGAAGGCCAGAACAAUCGUCAAAGAAGUAGCAUGCAACGAUGAGCUGCCUCUUGCAUCUCAGCACCUCUGCAGCUUCUGUGGGAUCCUUUACGUACUGUACGAGUUCGUUCCUUCCGCACCGUUCCUCAAUGAUGCAUGACCCAAAAGCCCACUGUUCCCUCAUUUAGUGGGAGAGGGUGCCGUACAUGUACUUAAAAUGGGUUUCAAACCCAGCCAUCCGUAUUGACAGAAACACACCCUGAUGAGGUAUUGCUACUCCUAACCAAGAUUGGAGCUCGUGGAAUCAGACGUCUCUCUCUCUUUGGUCUUCUGUGGAGCAAACGACCGACGAACGACCAUCAGAUGUCACGACGACCCCGUCACGGGCUCACUACAAACAAUUUGUGAGCUCAGCCACGAUGCUCAUUAUUAUUUCUAAAGUACUCUUGUAGUGGUUGGUUGGGGGUACGGUACGACCGUACGACCUAACACAUAGCUAGCUAGUAGAUCGGUUGGAGGGCAGGGAAGUUCUCCAAAAUGUGACGACACACUGACUGGACUCGACUUGGGGCCGACUAUUUUGUCGAGUGGUUCCGUGUUACUUCACCUUUCGAAUGUUUUAAUUCACCUUUUGAUUGUUUCAGUCUGGGAAGUCCGAAAGUCGUGUCCUUCGCUCACUGCGAGCGUAAGUUACAUACCUCAUUAAAGCUCGACUCUCAUUUAUACCGGUACAGCAGUGCAUACAUACAUACAUAUUCCCAACAACAGCAAUCAUGCUUCUUCCAGUCUCUUCACGUGCAUUUGCGGCUGUGCUCUGGCUGGCUGCAUUGGUUGUCGGGCAAUCCCAGGACUGUAACAACACGGUAGCCAGCAAUGGUGUGGACUUUGGGUGCAAUGUAGACAGUCCCAUUUGUGUGGGAGCGAACAAAGCCGAACCAGCCAUGAAUAAGGCAGGAGUCAUGUGCAAACACUGCCUUUCCGCUGGAGCGGCAGCUGCUGAUGUUGCCGGCCUGGUGGAUGUUGGCUGCACCGCUGACAAAGAGGUUUGUGUCGAUGAUGGGGGCACCCCAGUGUUGGCUCGCCAGGGUGGUUCGCAAUGCGUGCGCAAUUGCAACAUCUCCGUGGAGGUCACCAGUUGCACCCUCCAAAGCGGGCCGUCUGCAGGGGCACCCUGUGAUGCUCCCGUUCAAGAAAUCUGCCGCGGCAGGAAAUCGACGAUCACUAUGCGCUACAACGGUGGAAGCUGUCUCCAGAGUAACACUAUCCAGGAGUCAGGCAGGUUCGAAUGCUUUGACUCGGGUGAAGGUCCUCCGGUUGAGGAAGGUUCGACGGUGUUUAUCGUAGUUGAAGACCCAAGAAACAACGAGGUGCUCCACAGCGGAGUUGUCGCUGUAGGGUCGACCUUCAACAUUGAUGCGAUUGAUGAUGGCGACGAUGAUUCUCCAAGGGUGCCGGCUGGUGCGACCAUCAUGAUCUACAAUUCCAGCAACACAGAAGAUCCAUCGGCCUUGCUUCAGGUAGUCACUUUCCAGAUUCAUUGCUCUUUCGGCCGAUUUGGCCUAUAUAUUGGUGAUACCUUCGGUGCGUCGACUUUUGUCGGGUUCAGCACGCAAGGAUCUGGUGUUCCUCCCCCGAGCACUGGUCUUGUGCUUGCAUCCGUCGAUAUUCUAGUGGCACUACCAUCGGCUUUUGCGGGAGAGUCCAUCGCAGUUACUUCGCUCGAGGCUGGAACUGGCUUUGGCACUGUGGAUUUGUUUGAUCAGCUCUCUGAUCCCGUCCUCGGUAACACUACCGCACUAUCGAAAAAUGACCUAAAUCCUACUACCUCGUUCUCGGCAAGCAUCCCCUUUGAGUUUGACUACACGCUUGGUCCACGCGUCAUCACUGCCACUGUGAAACUCGUGGCGCAGAUUGGAGCGGGCAGCGAGUUGUGCACAGGAAAAUCCGCUUUCAGUUUCAAAACCUCUGUUACGCCCAUUAGAGAAUCGGUGUAGCGCCUAGCUACCGGUAGUUAGUAGAUACUCGAGUAGAUAACAUUGAAAGUGAACUGAAACU